CGAAAGCGCAAGUGUGACCCUUCAGACGUGUUUACCUCCCCACGACUUGCAUAAUGUCAACGGGAAACACACAGACCCUCCGGCUGAGGCGUACGGAGGAUAAACCGAAGGCCCCUCUGCCUGCUAGGCACACUGGUAUCCUCCAGGACCAGCUAAGAAGGCAUACUCGCAGACCAUGGAACCCAAGUUUUUCUAUGGCCGUUCGAUUGCUCCUUCUCAUACGUGUCGCUGGUGCGAUGUACAACAACAUCCAAGACUGCGACGAAGUGUUCAACUUUUGGGAGCCGCUUCAUUACCUCGAUCAUGGAGAGGGCUUCCAGACUUGGGAGGUCACGCCAACCUACUCUAUUCGGAGCUGGGCCUACAUUUUGCUACACCUCUUGCCUGCCCGCCUCGCCCUUGUGGUUGGAUUUGGGAAGCGACCUUCUUUCUUUGGCGUUAGAAUCUUCCUUGCGGUCAUCUCCACUCUUUGCGAAGCGCAACUCUGCCGCGCCGUAGUCUCCAAAAUCAACGAGAGAGUCGGUCGCUACCUGUUCGUCAUGCUUCUGUUCAGUGCAGGCAUGUGGAAUGCCUCUUCAGCGUUCUUGCCUUCUUCCUUUGCUAUGUACACCACGACUUUGGCCUUCUCCUACGCUGUGGAACCGUCUAGUCUGAAGAACCCAAGGCGCACUAUGAUGGCAACUCUGCUUUUUGCAACUGGUGCAAUUGUGGGCUGGCCAUUUGCUCUCGCGUUGUCUCUACCCUUUGUCAUAGAAGAGCUCUUUGUACUCGGUGGUGAUCGCGCGAGCCCGGGCGCACGCAGUUCCUGGUUGAUGGCACGUUGGAAAAGGUUAUUUACUGCAGGACUGACUGCCUCUCUUAUUUUUGUCCCGGUCAUCGCUAUUGACAGCGUGGUAUACGGGAAAUGGAGCGUCGUUCCAUGGAACAUCAUUCGUUACAAUGUCUUUGGCGGCUCUGAGCGUGGUCCGGACCUCUAUGGAACAUCUCCAUGGUACUUCUACGUCCAAAACCUCCUCUUGAACUUCAACGUCUUGAUCGUACUGGCUUUGGGCUCCCUUCCUGCGCUUGGGGUCACAUAUCUGAUUGAUCGCAAGCGUCUUGGAUUUACAAGUCCGAGUCCUGACCAAAGUUCUCCGUUCACUCUCCUUGGACUCCGGCUGGCCCCCUUUUACCUCUGGAUCGGUAUUCUAACGGCUCAAGCUCACAAAGAGGAACGGUUUAUGUUCCCAGCAUAUACUCUCAUCUGUUUCAAUGCUGCGGUCACUCUUUACUUGGUCCGCGGGUGGAUGGAGGUUGCGUUCAUUAAAGUCACGAAGUCCCCCUAUCAGGCAUCAAAGACAUUCAUGUUCAGUAACAUGACUUUUUCAGUUGUAGCAACUUCGGCUCUGUUGUCACUUUCGCGCGUAAUGGCACUUUGGCACUACUACCAUGCACCCAUCAUGGUUGUUUCACAGUUGCAGGUAACCGAGCUUCCCCGUCUUCUCAACGAUACCGGUCUUGUUCCGCCCCCGCCCCCUGGUGUGCCGGAAGACGAACUUCCGCGCAUCGAUCUUUCCCCUGUUAAGGAGUUCAACCUACGCCUUUGCCUGGGCAAGGAAUGGCACCGGUUUCCCAGCCAUUAUCUCGUUCCCGACGGUGUGCGCGUCGAGUUCAUCAAGAGCGAAUUUGAUGGCAUGCUCCCCGCCCACUUCGGAUUUGGGGCACCUGAUCAAGAAAGCUCGACUUCCUGGUGGGAUAGAGGAGCAGCUCGGCGCAUGCCUAUGGGUUUAAAUGACCUGAACAAGGAGGCAUCUUCAUAUUACGUCUCGGUCGAUGAUUGUGACUACCUCGUCGACCUUGAUUUCCCUCAUUCCCCUACUCAAAGCCUCCAUGAGCCACGUUACGCAAUUGGAGAAGGAUGGGAACGCGUCGCAUGCAUGCCUUUCCUCGACUCUGCCCGGUCUCCCCUGCUCACGCGGACACUCUGGAUGCCUGGUGAAGCUUGGCAAAGCAUGAACCAGUUCGGUGACUAUUGCCUGCUCAAGAACAAGGCUUUGGUCGGAGAGAAGGAGCGCCUGGCUAAGGUUGCCAAGAGCGCACAUAAGUUGUUCGCCGAUGAUAUUUAAUCAUAUUGUCUACAUAGAGAAAUGACAUGCACCCCAGUAUAUCAAUUUAAUCAUAAAUUCCACUGUCA